AUGGAUAAAUACCUUGGCGUUUUCGUAAAGAUUGUACUCAACAACAAUGACACUAUCAGAGGCUACAUUCAAGGAAAGGACAAGCAGGGCCAUCUCUUGCUGAAGGAUGCUACCAUUGAGCAGGCCAAUGGCUAUCACGCCAAAGAAGCCAUCUUGCCUAUCAACACGACGCAUAUUAAGGAUUUGGAGGUGCUCGACAUGAACAAGACAAGCACGCCACAGCCAUCAGAGAAGGAGGAGCUGCAAAAGAAGCAGCAACAGCAACAACAGCAGUUAGAGCAACAAAAGCACAAAGACAUGCUGGCUCAACAGCAGCACAUGGCACAGCAACAGCACCAUUUCCAGAUGCAACAGCAAUUGAUGUUCCAACAACAACAACAGUUUCAUCCAAUGCCAUAUCAGCAGCAUUCCCCUCUGGUUGGAGCAAUGCACAUGGAUCCUGCCAUCUUGUUUCAACAAAAUAUGCCAAGAGAUCCUGCUAUUAUAUCAACUCAAGAGCCCAUGUAUAGAAAUGAUAAAUCGCCUAUAAAUAGCACUAAUACUCUGAUGGACCCUGCUAUCAUAUAUACUGAGAAAAUUGGUCAAUCUCCCCAGCAACAGCAACAACCCAAACCUCAGCCUGCUGCCAAUAACAUGCUUCAGCAUAUGUUUCAGAAGCAACAGCAACCUGGCCUCAAAUCGUUGGAUCCUUCUGCUUUGUUCCAACAACAGCCUCAAGAGCAACAACAACAACAGCAACCACAACAGUCAGCUCAACAACAACAAGGACAACCACAACAGUCAGCUCAACAACAACAAGGACAACCACAAAAGCAAAAGCAACAGAAAAAGGAAACACCCUCUUCUCAAGUGCCUUUCCAGGAUCCUGCCAUCAUCAGCGUCACAUCUUCUCCUGUAGCGAGCCCCAAACCCAAGAAGCCAUUGUUUGGCGGUAAAAAAAAUAUCAAGCCUGUCAAGGAGAUUGUCGUAUUUGAGGAUUAUGCAGAUUUCGAAAAGGGCAACAAGGGCACUGUCAAAAAGACCAAUGACAGAAAAGCAGCAACAAGCACAGAUCAAAGUAGCAGCAGCAACUCAUCUACGCCUAAUAUCAAAAAAAAGGCCACCAAAUCCAACACCAGUCAAAAUGAUAUUCCCAAACAACAACAACAACAACAACAACAGCAGCAGCAACAGCAGCAACAGCAACAGCAACAGCUUAACAGCAAGUUGGAUUCAUUGGUGCUGAAUGAAAAACCUGCUAUCAAGAGUCGAUCCACGUCUUCACCUCAAAUUGAGGCUUUGACAAAACAAACAAAACCCUUAUCACCUGUCUCUUCAUCCUCCACUGCCUCUAGUAUUCCUGCUUCUCUCAUCCCUCCUCGAGUGAGACGAAAUGGCUCAUCCAAUCAACAACAGCAACAGGCCAAAUCUGUAGAAAACCUUCAUGGUGUCGAGAGCAAUACUGCUAACUACCAUGCCGCUCGUAUCUUAACAGUGUCUGGUGGCAUUCAAAUUCCCAGCAUCAAUGCCAACCAAAUGGAAGUUGCAAAGCUGAUUGGAAGAGAAACAGGUUUGACGCAAACGCAAUUAGUUGAGAACGGCGCUUUUGGUAUCAGUACGAUGGUUUUGAAGGCAAUUGGAGGCCAUCGCCGUAUUCAACCUGACAAUCAUAAUGCUGCUCCUGUGGUCGUUAUCUUGGCUGGUCCCACCGCUAUUGGUGAAUCAGGUAUUGCUGCCGCUCGUCAUUUGGCUAAUCGUGGUUGUCAGGUCAUCAUUAGCAUGUCUGAAGACACGUAUUGUGGAGCCACUGUGGAGCAGUACAAGAAAUUGGCUAAAUUCUCGGGUGCUCGUAUUGUGUAUUCACUUGAUGAACUUCCUGAUCAAUAUACUACACCUGUCGAUAUCAUUGUUGACGCAUUAUUAGGUUCAGACAUGCUCAAGAUCACACCUGCUAUUAAAUUACAAAUGAACUGGGCCAACAACAACAAGGCACCUGUCCUGAGUAUCGAGUUCCCAAGUGGUGUUAACCCCAAUGAUGGUCAAGCCAGUGAUACUUUCAUCAAUCCCAAAUGGACCUUGUGUCUUGGCGCUCCAUAUACUGGAUGCACUUCUCGUAAUGUCACUGGUGAGUUGUUCUUGGCUGAUGCUGGAUUACCAUUUUCCUGCUUUGAAAAGAGCGUCCCUCAUUUCCAUGUUCCCUGGGGCAGUGAUUUCGUUUUAGCAUUGGAAUACGCGUAA